AUGGAUAAGUGCACAGAAUCACCAACUACCUUGCAGGUAGAAUCUUCCGAUUCUGCAGUCACAAAUGCAGAGAAUCCGAUUCUGCAGUCACAAAUGCAACAUCCAAUCAGGGAGAACUCUGCUCUGAGGGGCCAAGUCAUGCCUGCCCUGGCCAUCCCAGUGAUGCCUGUACCCUUCUCACUUGAGCAUCUCACCCACUUUCAUGGUGACCCUGCCAGUCUUUCUGGGUUCCUUGCUCAGGUGACUACUUAUAUGACAGCUCUUCAGAUCUCCAAUCCUGAACAUGAUGCCCAUGUCAAGCUCUUUUUUGACUACCUGUCUCAGCAGCUGGAAAGUUGUGGGGUUGUAUCAGGGCCUGACCAGAGCACUUUGCUUAAGCAAUGUGAAAACUUUGUUCUUGAGUUCCAGCAGUCAUUUGGUGAACCCACAAAACAAAAAAUGAGCCCUAUGAUGAAUAAGACAGUCGACAAAGGGGACAACUCUCAACAGGACGCCAGUACUUUCAAGCUUUUUGCUCAAAAUCUGAGCUGUAAUGAAACCAAUCAGGGUGAGCAGUUCCAAAAGGGACUAGCUGACCCCAUACAGGAUGAAGAGAGUGUCACAGAUAACAUGGACAACCUCCCAGACCUAAUCACUCAAUGCAUUCAGUUGGACAAGAAACAUAGUAACAGACCAGAACUCCUACAGCCACACACUCAGCUCCCAAUGUUGGCUUCCCCGAUCCACCACCGUGCCCUCUCCAGCCCCUCAGGACCACCACACAAGGAAGAGCCUAUACUGCUGCGGGGAGGUCAGAUGCCUCUCACCCCAGCCAAACGAGCCCGCCAGCAAGAAAAUCAACUGUGCCUCUACUGCAGCCAGGCUGGUCACUUUACAAGAGAUUGCCUUGCUAAACGUUCUCGAGCCCCAGCAAGAACAAAUGAUAUAGCUCACCAGUAGAGGAACCCAGGAAAGUUAUUUGUAAACUUAUUUCCCUCUCAUGCCCAGCCUUAUUGAUUUAUAUCCCGCACCAACUUUUAAAAUACAGAUGGGGAACUGCAAUACCACUUUACAGGCAGUCAUGAACUGAUGUUCUUCGGGGAAUUUAAACAACAAGAUCUUGUUCAUUGGCAACACCAAAUAUGACUCAACAAUGAUGAAAACAACUUACAGGCACUUUCUGCAAUUGGGACCAAUUUCCCUAAGAGCACUGAAUCUUUGCAGGAAAAACUUUGCCCAGUCUGAGCCAAUGAAAAUAACUCUGGCAGUGCGUUGAGAGCCACAUCCCCAUCAAUGGGUGAUAUCUGGGUUGAUUGUUGACCCAAGUUGUGUAUCUUGUGUGCCUAGGAUUGAACUCAAGCCUUUUGCCUUCUUCCUCAUUGGUCUGUAUCCUAGUUCCCUGUUGGUUUAUGACCUUUGGCUGAAGUCCUACUUGCAUUCUCAUAGUCUGCUAAUAUUCUACAGCAGCUGUGCCACUCUUCUAUACAGCUAUGUAUUUUGUUACAAUGUUAAAAAAUCCUGCUUGUCCAACAAACAGAACCUCUUUGCUAUUGACAAGCCAGAUUGCAUGGCCAUUUGAACACUCUG